GACUAAGCAGAUGAGACUGGAACAAGAAACAUCUCUGAAAACGGUCUCUUCUUUGUCCUUUUAAAGAGGCAACCUGAUUCUUUUACCAAACAAUAAUUAUUAAGAAAGUGAGUAAAGGUAGUAAUGAUAGCCAUGUGAACUUGUGUGGUGCCGUGUUGGGAAAUUAAUGCCAAGUUUAAUUCUGUAAUGAACUGCACUGCAUUGGGCCUAAUUCUAACUCACUCUCUGAGAGGAGAAAACACACUGCCUUUGUUGAUUUGCUUUUGAAAGGAGCUCAAGUUACAAGCAUUGAUCAAGUGACGCUGUGGUCACCCCAGAGCAAAGAAUGGAGGUAGCUGUGUCACUUGAAGAUUCCUCAGCAGAGCUUCCAGAAGAAAAGUGGAGCAUGAAAAGCAAGAGUGAGAUGGAAGACAGAAAGGAUGGAGAGCUGACAAAUUCCAACAACUUGACUUCAAUGGUUGUCUUGGAUGUAGCUGAACAGCAGAAGUGGUUUGAAAGAGAUGAGAAACCCCCUCACGGCAAUUUAGUAACUUUUGGAAAGAGAGAAGAGCAAAAUGCUGCAGAAGAAGCCAUCAACAAUGGCCAGAACAUGGUUGAGCAACAAAAAUGGUUCGAAAAAGAUGAGAAACCCCCUUACAAUAAUUCAGUAAUUGCUGGAAAAGAAGAAGGGCAGAAUCCUGAAGGAGAUGGAGAGACCUACAAGUUCAUCCUCAGUGAUGAAAAUGCAUACAAGUUUGCAGCCUCUGAUGAAAAUCCCUUGCAAGAUGAAAAUGUGAAAGUUCUCCAGCAAAGCUACAGUGAAGAAAAUCCUUACAAGUGCACAAAAUGUGAGAAAAGUUUUGCUUGCAUGGGCAUUUUAAAAGAACACCAGUGUAUUCAUAAUGGAGAAAUUAUUUAUAAGUGUACAGAAUGUAAUGAAAUGUUUAAAGAUCUGAAUGGAGUAAGAAAGCAUGAGCGAUUUCAUAAGAGAAGGAAACCUCAUAUAUGUGUGGGCUGUGGUAUGUGUUUUUCUCAGGCUUCACAUCUGAAAGCCCACAAAUGCAAACAUUCUGAAAAAGAAACUCAUAAAAAAUGUGAAGGUGGCACUCGUUUUAAGAGAAGAAACAAAAAGCAAAAACGUAAAAAUAAAGAUUCAGCUGGAAAAAAGUUGAAAUGCCCAGAAUGUGGAAAAGAAUUUAAGGAUCCAAAUAGUUUUACAGCUCAUAAAAGAAUUCACAGUGGGGAGAGACCUUAUAAAUGUGUAGAAUGUGGCAAAUGUUACAUUCGUUCAACUAGUCUUAGAACACACCAAAGGGUACACAAUGGAGUAAAGCCACAUAAGUGCAGUGACUGUGGGAAGUGUUUUGCUCAUAAAUCCCAGCUUAAAACUCACCAGAGAAUUCAUACUGGAGAAAAACCAUAUCAGUGUACUCAGUGUGAGCUGCGUUUUAAUCAGCUUGCUAAUCUACAGAAACACCAACAGCUGCACACAGGUGAAAAACUUUACAAAUGUACUGAAUGUGAAAAGAGCUUUACUGACAUUUCUCAACUUCGGUACCACAAGCAGAUCCACACAAAGAAACCAUUCAGGUGUAAUGAUUGUGGGAAAUAUUUCAUUGAAUCUUCUGAGCUUGAAAUACAUAAGAGAAAGCACAAUGGUGAGAAACCAUAUAAAUGUACAGAAUGUGAAAAAGAGUUUACUUUUAUGUCUCAACUUCGAACCCACCAUUUGCGGAGUCAUACUGGUGAAAAACCCUACAAAUGCACAGAAUGUGGAAUGUGUUUUAAUCGGUUAUCUAUCCUCCAGAAACACUGGCAGCGGCACACAGGGGAGAAGCCCUACCAGUGCAAAGAAUGUGGGAAAAGUUUUAGAGCCUCACAUCAUUUAACAGUUCAUCAGAGAAUACAUAGUGGAGAGAAACCUUAUAAAUGCACAGAAUGUGAAAAGUGUUUUGCACAUUCAUCUAGUCUCGUAAUUCAUGAGCGCAUUCACAAUGGUAUAAGACCAUACCAGUGCACACAGUGUGAAAAAUGUUUUACUGAUGCAUCCCGGCUUAGGUGCCACCAGCGAAUUCACACAGGAGAGAAGCCUUAUAAAUGUAUGGAAUGUGGGAAAAGCUUUACUGAUACUUCUCAGCUGACAAUCCACCAACGAAGACACACUGAGGAGAAACCAUACAAAUGUUUAAAAUGCAACAAAGGUUUUAAAGGUCAGUGUUCUUUAAGGAAACAUCAGAAACUCCACAUGCAGGAGGUGGAGUGAAGUAACAGAGGACAUUCAGCAAAUGGAACACACUCAGCAGACAGAAGAAAGCCAAGAAACAGAACACAAUGAGCAAACAGAGCAUAUACAACAACCAAAAGAACCAGAGGACUAAGUGACAAUAGCUUAAAUGUAGGGUCCAGUGUCAUUGUGAUUUUAAAGGCUUCUGAAAUCUGAUGAUGAUCUUUGAAAGUUUGAUGGAAGUAUGAAAACAGCUGAAAAAAGCAAAUACUGUGUCAAGUUGCUGUAAUAUGUAAAAGAAUAAGCCUGUGAAUGAAAUUUAAGUCAUAGUGUCAGAAAGUCUUGCAAAGUGUUAAAAUGUGAAGGUGAUUAUUUUCACGUUUGAAAUAAACUGAUAAGCAUAUUAUGCUAAAAGAAGUAUUAGUUCAACACUGUCAAAAGAAUAUAUAUUUUUGUAUGAAGAGUAGAAAAAACAUGAAAAAUACUCAGUUUUUAAUCUUUCAAAACAGUGCAGAAAAACAAGGAUAUAUUCACACCCAUUAAAAUAUUUAUUGUAUAUGUUUCUGCUUUUUAAUUGUUUAACUUCAGAUAUAUGAACUAGAAUACCAGUGUACAUAAAACUAGAACAUGAAAGUAUAGUUUAUUUGUUUUUCCAUUCUUGUCACAACUUUUGAUAUUGAUGAUUCUUAGCUUUGGUUUAGUACUUGAAAUGUAUAAUUCUUAAUCGUCAGAAUUAAUGGAUUUUUGGACAACUAAUGUUUCAUGUGCCUAGAGCCUGCCCUGUCACUAGGGCUUUAUCUUUUAAAAAUGAUGGAUGCAGGGUUUUAUUAUUAUUUUUUUAAGUAAAUUAGUUGUCCGUUGUAUAUAUUGCUAUAGAAUGCAUUAUAAAUCUGCACCUAAUUCUGACAGAUUAAUAAAAAAUGUUUUUGUUGAACAA